ACCUUCAAUUUCUGUUCUCAUUUCAGUGUGUAAAAGCAGUUGAGGAAUUCUAAAAAAAUGAAGUUCUCGAUGAGCAUAUCUACCAUUUGCAUUGCCAUAUUGGCGCUGACAAAUGCCACCGAAGUUGGCAAGUGUCCAAAAUCUACAGCACGCGCCUUGACUCCGGACGAAGUGAGUAUCUCCAAUUGUCUUAAAAAUAAAUGCACACUCAAGCGCAACACAGAACCCAACAUUGAGAUGAAAAUUAAACCCGAACGCGAUUUCGCCGAGCUCAAUUCCGAUAUACAGGGCAUUAUUUUAGAUGUGCCACUGCCAUUCCCCGGUUACUAUGGCACCAGCGCCUGUCCGUACAUUUACGAUGCUGAGGGCAAAGAGAAGGUGGGCUGUCCAUUGAAAGCCGGUCAGNAUCAAUUUCUGUUCUCAUUUCAGUGUGUAAAAGCAGUUGAGGAAUUCUAA